CACGCCCGCCCCCGGCCGCGCCACCGCCCCUUCCUGUCAUGGCCGCUGGCGGGCUGCGGGAGCGCGGCGAGGCGGCGCGGGACGGCGCCGCCGGCAGCUGAGAGCCCCGCCGGGCGGCGUGGUGUGGCGCGGUGCGGCGCGGCGCGGGGCGGUCCCCCAGCCCGGAGGCGGCGGCAGGAGAUACCGCCGAAGUACUCACUUUCCACCGCUUCCCUCGUUUAAUUGCCCCGUGGGGUCAGCUGGUCACCAGCAUGCCUUCCACCGAGAACACCUCAAAACUUUUCCUGGUCCUCGUUUCAUUGCUGCUGGUGCUGCCGGUAGUUGAAGCCCUGGAUGCAGGAGAUACCAUCGCCUUCCUACUAGGCCUCGCUGUCAGUGUCGUUGGAUUCUGUGCCUGCCUUGGCUUGUACGCAAGGAAAAGGAAUGGGCAGCAAUGAUUUCAAGAAGAUGCUCAGAUGAAGUGAAUUUCCAAACACGGCUUGGGUUUAAGAUUUGGGGUGUAAGACUGAGCUUCGGUUCUGCGUAACUUUCAAAAACCAUGUAGUAGAUAUUUGUCCAAACCCUUCUUACUGUGCAGUACAACAGAAUCAAGACUGCAUCCCGUAAAAGGGAUUUGCAGGAACUGUCCUCGUGACAGUAAGAUGAUUUUAUAUUGCUUGUGAUUAAAUAUCACCUUAGAGAAGGGUAAAACUUUUUGAAUGGGGAAGUGAAACCACAGAGUGGUUCACAGUAAAUGUUUAUGAAUAGGACACAUGAGGGAGACCAUCAACAAGUUGCACAAUUUUGGUUUCAAGGGUUAAUCAGGAGGAGGCAGCUAUUAAUCUUCCAGUCAGGAUGACAGAGCUUUGGAAGUACUCCUAACUAGAUAACUAGCGAGCAGACUGCUUUGACUUGUGUACACAUGCUCACAUUCUUUGUAAUAACAGUUAACACCUAACAGCUCACUUCUGCUGGCACAGGGAUGAGGCUUCAGAGAACUAAGAAAACAUGGAAACCUUUUUUCCUUAUGUAUUUUUAUUUUAGAAUGUGCCUCUCCCAUAGCCUGUGUUCGUGUUACCAAGUAGAUACACUUAAGAAUGGAACCACUAUUUUUCUCUAACCUGUAUUUCACAGAAAAGUACAUGUAAGGCUACGAAAUCAGAGUAGGGGUAUGGUUUUUGUCUCGCUUAUUUUUUGUACUUGGCUUUCUGUUAGGCACACCAGGUUUAAGGCUUAUUUCAUUUGGUGUUUGCAUUUUUUUUCCCCACAACUGAAGACUUACCUAUUUAAUAAGGCAUAACGUGUAGCAUUUCUGCAUUAGGGGGUUAUUAGAAUUAUAACAAGCCAGUUGUGCACAUUUCUUUUGCAAUAUGGAAAGAACAUGUUGAAAUCUUGGUUUUAGUCAACAGGUCCAUUGUUCUCAAGUGUCUUCCUCAUGACAAACUUACAUUGCUAGGUAAGCAUUUAGGCUUCUUACCUAACCGAUGCAUACAAGUUCCACAGAAGAUUAGGAAUAAAACCAAAGUAAAAAAUCCUGCUGCAAAAUGGGAGGUGUAAAUACUCUUACUCUGUUCGUGCUCGGUCAGAUUGUAUGGUAUAUGGUUGAAAGACUCUACUUAGUAGGAUAUCCAGGACCUGUUUCUUUCCUUAAGUACCAAAGGUGAAGCGGCGCAGCCAAGGAUGUCUACCACAAGUCCGUCUGGCUCGUUAGGUGUUCUGGCUGUCUGCUUGAGACAAGGAGCACCAUCUGUAACAGCAGCAGAAUAAGGAGCAUAGGAAGGUGAGCUCUCCACAGCUCACAGAAUUUCCUUCUGAUCUUGUGCUGUGGAUGCUGCCACUCUUGCUAGUAAUCUUGGCUUUUGUCUUUGAGAGCUGGGGAAAAAGGUUAAAUGUGAUGCAGAGCUAUAUAUUUUGAUACUGUUCCUCCCCUUCAUCUGUAUGUGCCUCUGUUGAGUAGAGCACAAAGCAAUGGCUAGAAGAGUUGUCAGGCAGGUCUUAUAUAAGUCAUUGGGUGGGCAGAGCAUCUUCUCCAAAUUCUAAGAUUUCUGUAUGCCAUUUGUGGCUGGUUUGACUUCUCUCUCCAGCCUUUGAGGAGAUAGUAGUCCUGGUUAUUUCAGUCUUGCAAUUUCUGUCCCUCUCUCAUGGUUGAUAGAGGGAGGAAGGUAAAACGAAAGCUUCCAAAAUCACAUGGGGUUGAAACUGUAGGACUCAACCCAGCAAGCCACUAGAAUGUAGGUUUCUGCUCUCAAGUUACAGGAAUAAUAAUGGUCACAAAGUUACUCUGAUGAGAUGCAAGUCUUGCCAGGUAGCUGUUCCAGAACCCUUUUUGUGGCUUCCAAAAGCCAGAAAGGGAUGUGGUGCACAAUUACUAUGUACAAAUGAAAUUUACAGCCCUAAUUUGCAGCUUCAGACAGUAGCAUCACCUUUGAAAGCUGCUCAGCAGCAGUAGGUGAUCCUGUAUGUGAUUAUUCAGCUGGGUGGAUGCAAGCACAUAUCAAGUGUGAUUUUCCAUGUUCCAGCUUGGCUAAACCAUUACCUUUAAAAAAAAAACCAAAACCCCACAAAAUCACCAUUCAAUUCCCUUUAUAUUUCCCCAAAUUAGAGAAUUUUGCCAAUUUUUCAGUAGAAUAUUAAAAUACUGCUCUUUCAACAGAAUAAAUUUUAUCACGAGCAGCUUUUCAGACACUCCUUUAUCUUCACUUUGGAAAAGUUCCCUGGCAAUAGUUUCAUUGAAUUGUGCAAUAGUUUCACUGCAGGAGAACAAAAUUUUAGCAGAGUAAUUAGCGUCAGGUGAUAGGGAUACGAGGAACUGUGUUCUUUGACCGAAGUUUUGUGUACUUCAUGGAAAGGUGUUUGCACAGCAUAAUGGCGUUAUUUCCUGGGUUCUGACAGCAGCUUUAUUGUUAAAGACUUGCAUUUAUCGAUGACUUGAGUGUAAAAUCAGAUACCCAUUUUUCUUCUGUGUUAAUAAACUUCCACGUAUGAUUUGUCCUCA